AUCAGGACGGUGACUGCCAGUGUGGCAACUGUUCCAGUCUCAAUAGGCGCAGUUUCCAUGGCACCAGUUCAGGUUGCGGCACCAAUAGUUAGUAUGGCUACACCUCAAACACAAAUUAUUGCCAACAGUGCGCCAAUAGCAAUUGCAAGUAACUCGCAGCAGUUGGCGCUGGCGCAGCAGAGUCUGACUGGGCCAGCUACUGCUCCGAAUCAGAUAAUCACAAGUUCAACGCAGCAGCAAAUACUUGCUUCAAAUACUCAACUGACUUUGUCCAACGCUCAGCCGACGGGACAGCAGAUUUUAACACCUAUAGGUGGUCCAGGACAGCAGCUGGCAAUGGCCCAACAAAGUCUUGCCCAUAACACUUCCCAGGCCUUGGCGAUGUCUAAUGCCUCACAACCAAUUAUAUCGUACCCAAUAAUGACACAAAGUAUUUUACCUCAUUAACGAAAUAAGGUAUGGACACUUUUCCU